CCCUAAUCCUUUCGCGAGUGGCUCAUAGAUUGCAAAAUCCUAUGGUGCGGUUAGGUAUGGCUCGACGAAGCGUUGGGGAACGUCAAGCCGAAGCCAAUCUGGACUUAACGUUUCUGGGAAAGGCAAUCGUGGUCUCUCUAUGUACAGAGCCGGAAGAUCUGUUGAAGAUUUAGAUUCGUCUCCUCCAUGCAUGGCUGAGAUUUUCCGGUGCUUGGGUAAAGUAGCACGAGCUGCUUUAUCUGCAAUAGCAAGGCAUCUUCGUCUAAGAAGCGAUGUUUUUAACCAUAUGCUCGACGACUUUCCACUAGCUCCGAAUGAGGUUUCCUCCUCUGUGCUAUUGGCUUCCUAUGCUCAUGCAUCGAUCCAAAAUGGAAAGCCUACCUCUGGAGGUGGGAAUCUAUCCACUAAUAUUGAAAUUGAGAAGGGUUUGUUGACACUGUUCUGCUCAGAUGGCACUGGCAUUCAGGUGUGUGACCCUAAUGGUCGUUGGUACGCAGCAGAUAUUGGAUGUGGGAUUGGUGAUAUCUUACUCAUUACUGGCAAAGCGCUUAGUCAUGCUACUGCAGGUCUCCGUCCAGCUGCCUCUUAUAGAGCUACCACUGAUUAUUUGUCUGGCAGUGACUCUCGCGGAAGAGCAUCACUAGCAUUUAGGCUUAUGCCGAAAAGCAAUGCUAUAUUAGAUUGUUCCCCAAUAGAAGCAGCUGGCCAUGUAAUUCCACAAAGCUAUGUGCCAGUAUCUGUCAGUCAGUUUAUGGAUAACCUCUUGGCCGAGAAUGACACUCCAGUUAGUCCGCCUGUGAAAACCAAUGUUUCACGGGAUGAUGUAUGCAAAGAACCUUCCUUGAGAAGUGUUCUCUCGGAUCCAAUUUCCGGUGCUUUUCUUGAAGAUGCAAUUGUUGUCUCCUGUGGACAUUCAUUUGGUGGUCUCAUGCUUAGAAGAGUCCUUGAAAUGUCUAGAUGUACGCUCUGCAAUGCAGAAAUCGAGACUGGGUCUCUGGUCCCUAACCAUGCUCUUAGAGCUGCCGCUUCAGCUAUUAAGCAACAGGAUGAUAAAAGAUUGUUCCACAACGCAGCCAUGCGGAGGCGUAGAAAAGAAAUGAGUGAUCAAAUGGAUGUGGAAAAUGGAGAUCCAGCUACGGAUGAUGGAUUGCAGCGGGUGGUGCAUUAUCCAUUUGCUGUAAACGAGAAAGUGCUUAUCAAGGGAAACCGGAGAACCCCGGAAAAGUUUGUUGGAAAAGAAGCAAUUGUGACAUCUCAAUGUCUCAAUGGCUGGUAUCUAUUGAAGAUUGUCGAAAGUGGAGACAACGUGCGGCUGCAAUAACGUUCCCUAAAAAAGAUGACAAACGAUGACAGAGGAGGAGGAGGCCAACAUGUUCAACCGGUUGAGAGCAAUAGCUUGUAGAAUGCAAGUAUAUUAUACCAUUUUCUUUUCUUUUUUUAUUCUGCAUUUCUAGAAAGAAAAGAAAAGUUAAUGUAAGUUUGGGGUUUGAGAUUCUGCAUAAAUUUAAAAUCGUUUGGUUAGAGUCUUAGAGAAGUAGUGGAAGACUGUUGGAAGCUAUUUAUAUUAGAUUUUGUACAGAAAAGUGUUAGAUUAUAAAGA